CGACAACAGCUCAUGCCAAUUGGAAUGGUCGUUGAUUGGUGCCCAACCCACGAAUUACUUCGGCCCCAGCGCAGUUUCUGGAGACAAGUUGUCUUUGCCAGGCUCCAUGAUCAGGCCACUUCGCUCGGCUGGUUUCGGGGCCCACAGUACUACCACUGUAUUGUGACGCCAGGGAGCAGAAAUGUGAGCCGGCUGCACAUUGACGACCGAAGAGUUCCAGCUGCAAUACGGAGUGCUGCAAUGUGUUUAUUCGCCAGUUGUCCACCAGUAAUGGUAGCUAACUGGCACUGGCGCUAACUGUUCUCUCGAUCUUGUGCGUUUUUUCACACAAGGGGCAGAUGACGCCGAUUCCUAUUCUCGUGUCCGUCUCGGCUUGAAUUCGAAUCCCUUCCGCCGGAACGGUCUGGCCGUUACCAACUUGCACAGAACCGGGCAAAACGGCAGCAAAAUGACUGAAAAUUUGGUUCCACUAAGAUGUGCCAUAUCAUAUGGCAAAAAGUGGCGGGCGGAUGGCCUCUUUUGCUAUAAAACGAUUGGCGCUCUCCAAUUGAGGGGCAGGCGUACACGUCGCCCUGCAUCUAUGGGAUAAUACACACCGUCAGUUCUGGAGCAGCCUUCUUCGUAUUGCCAUAUUCUUGGGCGCAUCUCUUCUCUUUGUAAUCGAUAUCGUUUGACCUCACGAUCCGCCUCCCGUGGUUCUGCUUGGCUACAUAAAUUCACUUCUCAGAUUGAAACAAACAUAAUGUCUCCUCCCAGUCCCUUCAGGCAGCGCGACAGCUUUUCCAUAUCAAAUCGUCCCAGAUCACCUGCUCCACCAUUUAUCCAGGCACCCCGCCAAGAUGGAGACGAUAGUUACCCAUCGAAGUUCUUGUAUAAAUGGAUCGAGAGUGACCGCCCGAGACUCAGUCGCCCUAUUUCCAGCUAUGCUGGCACCAAGAAUGAGCAGAUUCACCGAGAGGCCGGCAAUAACAAACGGGAAAACAAGCUACAUCUAGAGCAAACCCUAAUGCAUAAAGAGUUUCACAUCGAGGCGUUACGAGGGCAGAUACGGAAGUUGGUCAGCGAAAACACAUCGGAGUGCUCCCAAUUGAACGACAAGAUCAAUGAACUCCAAGCGCAAUUAGCUUCGCUUCGAACAAAGUUACAGAUUAGUGAGAACAACCUGGAAAGUGCAGAUAAAGCUAGAGCUGAACUGGAAGAAGAAGUAAAAAGGUUAAGAGAAGCUUAUGUGGAAAAGUCGGAGGCUCUUGAAACCCAUCAGAAAGAACUAUUGGAACAGAUCAAAGGGUUUCAUCGAGCGCUUGCGGAAAAAUCUAAAGCUCUAGAACUUCAUGAAAGGGAACGAAGGGAAGAGGUCAAAGAGCUACAACGAAGGCUAGCAGAACGAUCCAAAGCUCUUGAAUCUCACCAACAGGAACGAGAUGAAGAGAUCAAAGAUCUACAACGAAAACUGGCAGACAAAUCCGGAGUUCUAGAAUCUUAUCAACGAGAACGAGAUGAGGAGAUCAAAGAGCUACAACGAAAGCUGGCAGAAGGAUCUAAAGCUCUAGAAUCUUACCGACGAGAACGAGAUGAAGAAGUCAAAGAGCUACAACGAAAGCUCCCGGAAAAAUCAAAAGCGCUAGAAUUGGAAAAACGUACACGAGAAGAAGAGGUCCAAGAGCUACGGCGAAAACUGAUGGAACAAGUUAAGGCCCUAGAAUAUCACAAACAGGAACAACAGGAAUAUGCCAGAGAGCUACACCAACAGCUGGCGGAAACGUCUGAAGCUCUAGAACGCCAUGAGAAAGAGAGGGAGGAAGAGCUAAAGGAAGUACGACGAACUUUCACGGAACGGAUUGGAGCUCUGGAAUGCCUCAAGCAAAAGCUGGAGGAGGAGGCUGAACAGUUACGGCAAAGCUUUGCAGUGGAAUCCGGAUCACUACAGAGUCAGAAUCGGGAGCUGGAAGAAGAAUCAAAAUGGUUGCAACAGGCUGUUGCAGAAAGGACUGAAGCUCUUGAAGCGCUCGAGCAGGAGCGGGAGGCAGAGAUUCGGCUACUGGAACGAAACCUUGUGGACAGAUCUGAAACUCUUCAACUCCACCAGCAACAACUCGAGGAAAUCUCAGUAUGGCAAGAAGCUGCCAUGGAAAGUUCUGAAGUUCUGAAAGUUCGUGAACAGGAGCAAGCGAACGAGGUUAACAAUCUCCGAGUUGCCGUGGCGGAGAAGUCUAAGGCUCUAGAAGAGCUCGAGCAAGCUAAAACGGAAGCUCUCGCCGCACAAAAAUUGGAACUCGAGGCAUAUUUCCGAAAUAUCAAGAUAGAAGAUGAUCGAGCGGCCAAUGAACGGCUAGAGGAACGGGAGAAGGCACUAAUUGCUCAAUUUAACGAGAAACACCGCAUAGAGCUGGAAACCCUUCAAGCAUCGUUUGCAGCAGAGCUCCAACACGUCCAAAAAGCACACGCGGCCGCUGUUCACGAAUUCGUUACCAGGCUAGAUUCUGUUGCCGAGAAAGGAAGAGACGACAACCAAUUCAUCGCAUUACUGGAUGGGAAACUCAGUCGAAACCGAAGUAAAGGAACGACAGCAACAACAACAACGACAGGAAAGGAGAAAAGUGUGAGCCACAUUCGCGCACUAUGUAGGGAGAUUUUCCAUGUGGGCAAGUCCAGAGCCAGGAACAGUUCUAGCGAACGUAGCAGAACGCCAGAUUCUCGCCCGGAUUCUGGCGUUGAUUGUUAGCGUAACUCCAAGUACAAAUAUCUCGGAUCAGACAUGAUUUCUUCCUCUUUUUUCGGCUUGAUGGCGUUUUACCAGGUGUGCGGGAUUGCUUCAUAUUUAGGCGAACGGGAUACGGCGUGUGGACGGUAGAACAUGGGAUUUCUACUUCUUACUUUGGUUUGAAUAUAUCCCGAUUCUCUCUCAGUUGGAAUUUUCGUUGCGUGUCGUCGGUCCACAGCUAGCAAAUUUAUGACUUGAUUGUUCUCUAUAUCUUCUCAUGGACAUUCUUAACAGGCGCAGCCGUUUCUGGAGAUGAGCGAGGCAUGUCAUAUAUUGGUUUAAAUGAAAUGAAUCGAUCUCCACUCGUAUGUACUGGUAUGCGAACGUGGUAGCUGAUAACACACCAACAGCAUCUUUGCUUCAUCGCUUCCACAGCGCAAUUUCAACGCUUUGGGUUACUAAAAUUCCUAUUCUCCACUCAAGUUGUGAGUCCCUAAUCGCACUAUCAUUGUUCGAACAGUAUAUCCUUUACAACUCUCAACGUUUAUUAGAGGAGCACGGAUUGAAAAUUGAAAAAAGCCUCUUGACCAUAGUGGCCAGGCCCAACAACGGCCCCUUGCCUGGAGGUCCUUGUAACUACCAGAUAGCAGCUUACGAAUCCCACUACUCUACUCUGUAGAUGCCCAUUCCUUGAACUCUGGCGAGUUCGGAUCAGCACCAUAAAGGACUCUAUACAUGCCAAACGCUUCCAUCUUCAAGGGAGGUGUUGAUGUGGUGGACUUUCAUAUUUCAUAGCUUCCCUAUGGAAGCGGAAACACUCCGAUCUCAA